UUAUUUUUCGCUGAGAUUCUCUGCUAGUGUAAUUCAACGUGGCAUUAAAGUGUCUGAGAAAGCCUCUUGAUUCUUGCGCUUUGAUGCUCAAAUCAACAACCGAUCAUCCUCAGAUUUCAGAAUUCUGUUGACUGACAUACUUAUAGUUUCAUUAUUCUGUUGAAUUGGACAAGAAAUUGAAAAUGCUCACGUGCAUAGCUCGCUCGAAGCAAUCUGGGGAUGACUCAGUGAGCCGACCCGAAGACUCUGACUCCUCGAACACUCCCGGUACCAAACACCAACCUAUGAAAUCUCUCACUUCUCAGCUCAGGGACAUGGCAUUAAAGGCCUCCGGAGCUUACCGACACUGCAAUCCGUGUACCGCUCCAGUGGCUCCGAGUCGAUUCACAAACUCGGGCGAGUCGGAUGCCGACUCGGACCGAUUUAGAUGGUCAUACAGAAGGACCGGUAGCUUUAGUUCGACGACGCCGAGGACUUGGGGAAAGGAAAUGGAGGCGAGGCUUAAGGGCAUAUCAAGUGGUGAGGUGACUCCGAUAAAAUCGGUGAGCGGGCGCCGAGUUGACCCGGUUGUGUUAGUUGAAGAGAGUGAACCCAAGGAGUGGGUGGCCCAGGUGGAGCCCGGUGUGCUUAUUACCUUUGUUUCUCUGCCACGCGGAGGGAAUGAUCUUAAGCGAAUACGGUUCAGUCGAGACAUGUUCAACAAAUGGCAAGCUCAAAGAUGGUGGGCAGAGAACUAUGAUAGAGUCAUGGAACUUUACAAUGUCCAGAGGCUGAACCGCCAAGCUUUUCCACUUCCAACACCCCCAAGAUCUGAAGAUGAGAGUUCAAAAAUGGAAUCUGCAGAAGCAAGUCCUGUUACACCACCACUUACCAGAGAACGGUUACCUCGUAACUUGUAUCGUCCAACUGGGAUGGCAAUGGGCUAUUCAUCUUCAGAUUCGCUUGAUCAUCAACCAAUGCAAGUACAGAAUUACAAUGAUUCUGGUGGUCUCACCUCAACCCCAAAGCUUUCCAGCAUUAGUGGGGCCAAGACAGAGACAUCAUCAAUGGAUGCCUCAAUAAGAAGUAGCUCAUCGAGGGAGGCAGAUCGCUCCGGAGAGCUAUCCAUCAGCAAUGCUAGUGAUCUUGAGGCUGAAUGGGUAGAACAGGAUGAACCAGGGGUUUACAUCACUAUCAGAGCUUUACCGGGAGGCAAAAGGGAGCUCAGACGGGUCAGAUUCAGCCGAGAAAGAUUCGGGGAGAUGCAUGCUAGAGUGUGGUGGGAAGAGAAUAGAGCAAGGAUACACGAACAAUACUUGUGAUGGUUUUUCUGCAUCGGGCCCAGGUGUGCUUUUCUCAAUAUUGGUUCAGUAAAAUUAGUACAUCCUCUGCUAUAGAGAUGUGAAUCCUUUAAACAAGUCCAACUUUGCUAAGUUAUGGACUUUGCAAUUGCUUGCUGUUAUCUUCUUGGGAUGGUGAAGUCAAAAAUCACAUUUAUAUUAAUACCUCUUUGUUUUUCUUUUCCUUUUUCCUCUAUCCAAGUAUAAGGAGCAUCAAAUGUGUAAUUGGAAUUAUUGGGUUGGGUGGUCAAUACAUCAAUAUCAAUGGAAAAAAGGUGUUGUCUUUUUCUUCUUUCC